AUGGACAUCGAGUCCAGGCUGACAGCCUACCGUUUUGUCGGCUAUGCUGCCGUCACGUUCUCCGCCAUCGCCGUGCUCUCCAUUUGUGUCACUUUGCCGAUAGUCUACAACUAUGUUCGACAUGUUCGACGCAAUGCUCACUUGGAGUUGAUGCAGUGUAAAUUAUCGGCAGAAGAUCUUCGAUCAGAUGUCUACAAAUUCCCGACCGCAAAUCGUUCUACCAGGUCCAUCGAAAUUGAAGAAUCCUACAGCAGUUCGUCCAUUGCAGCUAGCAGUAACGGGAAUGGUAAUGGAAAUGGAAACGGAAACGGCUGUCAUGGUUGCUGCAUUCCCGGUCCUCCAGGGCCACCUGGUCCAGCAGGCGCACCAGGAAAGCCUGGAAAAGCGGGUACACCUGGAUUGCCUGGAAAUCCUGGUCGACCGCCUCAGCAGCCUUGCGAACCGAUUACACCACCUCCAUGCAAACCGUGUCCACCAGGCCCACCUGGACCUGCAGGCCCUCAAGGUCCACCAGGAAAUCCAGGACCGAUCGGACCGAUGGGUGAACCAGGACCCGCUGGUCCUCCCGGUCCUCAAGGAAUGAAGGGUUCACCUGGCAGUCAAGGACAAAUGGGAGCACUAGGUGAUCAGGGUCCACCCGGUGAGCCUGGUGCGAGUGGAGAGCCAAAUCCUGGAGCACCUGGUAUGCCAGGUCCACCAGGGCCACCAGGUAACAGCGGUCCCCAAGGACCGCCUGGAAAAGAUGGAGAACCUGGCGAGCCAGGUGAGAAAGGGCCUCCAGGACCACCUGGAAAACCUGGACUGGAUGGAAUGCCCGGAAUUCCUGGGCAGCCUGGAACUGAUGGAAGUCCCGGAGAGCCUGGAGUCUGUCCCAAGUACUGUGCCAGAGAUGGAGGUGUAUUCUUCGAAGAUGGUUCACGUCGCUGA